AUGCUACCGGUAACAGGCGCCAUCUUCACAGCCGCGGCAUGGCUAGUUGGAGCACAAUGGACGGCAUACCCUCCCAGCAAUACCAAUGCGACAUAUACAAACCCCAUCCUCGACGGUGUUGGGGCCGAUCCAUUUGUGGUGAAAGUGGAUGGGCUCUACUACAUGACCUACACUACCGGGACGAACAUUACCAUCCUGAGAAGUCCCAUUUUGACGGACUGGAACACUGCCGACAUAAAGCUAGCCUUCACGGCCGUCGAGAAUACAUCGUACGCAUAUUCACUUUGGGCACCGGAACUUCACAACAUCGACGAUAGGUGGUAUGUAAUAUUUACCGGGAAUGUGGACAACGAGUCACCCAGUCCGGAGCAGGACAUGUAUUGCGACUUCAAUUGUCCUGCCGUUAAUCACCGGAUGUUUACUCUGGAGUCCUCCGGCUCAGACAUUUGGGAGAGCGAAUAUGCAUUCAAGGCCCAGCUUGAUACCUACGACCAAUUCGCAAUCGACGGCACCUACUUCCAGCACUCGUCCGGUCUUUACCACAUCUACUCAUGCUGGCAUUCUGCAUAUGUUUCCUGGCCUGCCAUGCUCUGCAUCACCAAGAUGUCCAACCCCUACACUGUCUCCUCUCCUCUGUCCGAGCGACUCAUAAUCUCCAAACCCGAUGAACCCUGGGAGAAGACCCCGUACAAUCGCACCGUCAAUGUGCGUCUGUCGUCCAACGAAGGCCCUCAACAAUUAAACAAUCCAACAACGAACCAAUCCUUCGUAAUCUACUCGGCAGCCCGCUCCGAUAACCGCAACUACUGCCUCGGCCUCUUGGAGCUCACCGGCCCGGACCCGCUCUCCCCCGACUCCUGGACUAAAAACAACGCCUCCUGCGUCUUCUAUCAGAACCCAGAGGAAUCGGUGUACGGCGUCGGCCAUGCCAGCUUCGUGACGAGUCCCGAUGAGAGCCAAUGGUGGAUUGUGUACCACGGGAUGCGGGACUAUGCGACUGGGUGGAGCGCGAGGACGAUACGGACGCAGGAUUUUGGCUGGGAUGAGGUGACGGGGUGGCCAGUGUUUCCAAGGCCUGGGGAGGGGCCGUUUGAGGUGCCGAGCGGGCAAGUGUAA